AGAGACUAGUACCUCGAGGAUUGGUGCCUGGUGUCUAUGAGGAUACUUCGGUCAUCUGAUAUUGACUUCAAGGGGGUAGUGGUUUAAAGUUCACAUACCGGACUAGGAAAACCCUUUUUCUCAGAUCUCGGCGAGUGAAUAGCGUCCCACCUGCUUCGGUACUAGUCAAGAAGCUAAAAAAAGUUUUGAAAAGUAAGCUCAGCGCUACCAACAGUCUACCACCACGGGACUCGUCAUCCCCAGGAGGUAACGGUGGCAAGGCUUCGGCCUCGGUCGAUUGAGCCUCAUCUCAAUCCCUCGUCCAUGGAGGCCAUCUAGUAAAACCUUCAGAUUUGUUACAAAAUUGAUUACAGUGUUGUAUGAACUUUAAAAAGUUUAUUUAAAAGUAAACCAUUAUUAUAAAUUAUAUUAAUGAAUAAUGUUGCAUUUUAAGUAUUUUUAAUAUAAGUAACAAAAAUUAGCGAUAUAGAAAAAUAAUAAGAUGGCGGCACGUAAAAGUAUGGCAAAUAAAUUAUUGGAUAAUCCUAUACGUACAACUUCACCUUCUUCAUCACCAUUACGACGGAAAUCAAUUUUGAUGCAAAAACCUGUUGUUCUUUCUUCUUUGGGAGAAAAUGAUGAUGAAGCAGAACGUUUGGCUCGUCGUCGUGAAAUUAAUGUUACUUCCAUGCCAGUAUCUACCACGAACACAUCUGAUAGAAGACGUUCCUUAGGUCUUAGCUUCUUGGCGAAUAUGCCAAGUACUCAAAUGGCGGAACGUAUAUCUCAGUGUAUAAAACUUGGUACAGAAAAUAAAAUCAAUCUUAAAAAUGCGUUUAGCUUGGAAAUGAUUGAUUUUAUGACAUACAUGAUCAAGAAACAAGAUGUCAAUAUGUCUAAUUUACAAAUAGCUAGUACAUCUUUAGAUGUAAGCACUAAAAUUUAUGGGUUUCGGGUUGAUGGUGUACAUAUGGACAUACUUAAAAUGGUUGGUGGAUUAGACAAACAAGGCAAAAGAAAUGAAAAUAUAGAGGAUAAUGGUAUGGAACAAAUGGAUACUCAAGCAGAAAACAAAAAUAACCAAGUACAGAAGCAAGAGAGAAAAAAGAAAAGAAAAUGUAAGCAACGAAUAUUUGCUACAGUGGAAGCUUUGAGAACGAAUGUUGAAACUGAAAAACCUUCUCUAAUAACUAUGGAAGCAGAUUUACAAACUGCAGACAUGUUGUACCAAGCAAUAUUGCCAAACCAUGUGACAUCUAGGUUUUAUUUCCAUCCGUACAGUGAUAUCUUAGUGGAUGCAGUAGAGCAUAAAGAAAUACAAGAUAAAGAUAUUGGUUGUGACAUUCCAAAGAUAAAAGACUUUUCACAAAUGCAAAUUUGUCCACCUAUGUUUUAUUUUGAUUUUCAAAGUUGGAAUGCGAAUGAUGAACUAGAGAAUCCUAAAGAAGAAAAAUCUAAUGAAGAUGCAUUUCAAUUUGAUCUGGAUGCAUUAUUACCAGAAGACAAUGAAUAUGCUGGUAGAACUUAUUUCGAUGUUGAAGAAAAUGAAGAGGAAAAUGUGGAGAGAUUUGUUGCAGCGACAAAUCAAGUAGAAAAUAUUGUAGACUUUCGAGAAGUUUUAACCACUACUUUACCAUCUAAAACAUCAGAAUAUACAUUUAUUCAAAAAAAUUUGAAUAUACAUUGGACAGGCCCAUCCCAUUGGAAAAUUACCAACUUUAAAAGAGGUAACAGUAAAAUAAUUCAAAUGUGUUGUCAAGCACAAAAUAAGAAGAGAAAAGAAAUAGAACUGCAUUAUGACGAUGAAAUAGUGGAAAGCAUAAAAGCUAAAUUUCAGCCAAGUCAAGCAGUUAAAAUGCAUACUAGAACUGCUAGAAAUGAAUGGAACGAGGAAAUAUUAACGCUACCACCAGAUGAGCACUACGAUAUUGCACAAGCUAAUAAACUGUAUCUUCAUGAAUCAAUAUUUGCAUCUGAAAGUACAGCAAAAAUAAACACUGCACGUUUAAGCGAUAGUAUAGAAAAUUGUAAUUAUAAUUGUGAAAAUGACAUAUCAAAUUAUUGUCCUGAAACAAAUGAUGAUCAAUAUAAAAGUUCGGAAGAAAAUAAUACAGCUAAUAAUGGCAAUAGGCUCAAAGAUAAGUCUUUAAUGCCAUCGCAGCCUUUUACAGGCGAUAAUUUAGUUGCCAUGCCUAAAUUGACAAAUAAAGUACCUAUUACAUACUGUGUACGUGCAAAAAAGGUUGACAUGAGACAAUUAAAAAAAUCUAUUUGGAAAUGUUUAAAUACAAACAGUGAAAAACAAAAUGAAAGUUUAGACACAAUAGAUACAGUCUUACAAAAUUUAAGUAAUAAAAUGAGUGGUUGUAAACAAUUCAGUAAUGUAUAUAAAAGACUACCAACUUUAUUAACGAAAACUAACUCAGAAGCAUUAAGUUUUCCAAUUUCCUUUGUGUCCCUUUUACAUUUAGCAAAUGAAAAAUCAUUGAAAGUAAUUUCUUCACUUGAUAUGAGUGACCUUACUGUGGAACAAGAUUGAUUAUAUAGUUGAUUGUAAAAUAAAUAUCUACAAAUGCUUAUAUGUGAAAUGUAUUAUAAAUAACAAGCGGAAAAAUAAACCGAUAUUUUAUUUAUAUUAGAAAAUUGUAAAUUGAAAAUGUAAAAUGAUUAUUAUAUUUU